AUGAGAGCUUAUUUAGAAAAACCAAGAACUACCAUUGGUUGGAAAGGUUUGAUUAAUGAUCCAGAUAUUGAUGGAACUUUCCAUAUAAAUAAAGGUUUAAGAGUUGCUAGAAAAUUAUUUGUUGAUUUAACUUCAAAAUUACCUAUUGCAGGUGAAAUGUUGGAUACUAUUUCUCCACAAUUUUUAUCUGAUUUAUUUUCUGUGGGUGCUAUUGGUGCUAGAACUACCGAAUCUCAAUUACAUAGAGAAUUGGCUUCUGGUUUAAGCUUCCCAGUUGGUUUCAAAAAUGGUACCGAUGGUACUUUGGGUGUUUCAAUUGAUGCUUUAAGAGCUGCUUCUCAUCCUCACCAUUUCUUAAGCGUUACUAAACCUGGUGUUGUUGCCAUUGUUGGUACUGAUGGUAAUAAAGAUUGUUUCGUUAUUUUAAGAGGUGGUAAAAAGGGAACAAAUUAUGAUGCCAAGUCUGUUCAAGAAACUCAACAAGAAUUAAUUAAAGCUAAAGUUGUCACCGAAGAAAAACCAGGUCCAAGAAUAAUGGUUGAUUGUUCUCAUGGUAAUUCCAAUAAAGAUCAUAGAAAUCAACCAAAAGUUGCCCAAACUGUUGCUGACCAAAUUGCUGCUGGUGAAAAGGCUAUUUGUGGUUUGAUGAUUGAAAGUAAUAUCAAUGAAGGUAGACAAGAUGUUCCACCACAAGAACAAGGAGGUAAAGAUGCAUUGAAAUAUGGUGUUUCUAUUACCGAUGCUUGUAUUGGUUGGGAAUCUACCGAAGAAGUGUUAGAAGUAUUGGCUAACGCUGUAAAGGCAAGAAGAGCUUUAUAG